AUGUUAAUGACUCGGCUUAGUUAUUUUCAAAUAUUUUUCCUUGGUUCACAUUUAACUUUGGUAGCCUCGCACCUCUGGGCGGAACAACCUGACGCAUGGCGUACAGUCAUACCGAAAAGUUUGGAUAAGGCUUUAAAAGGUUUGGGUUCAAUGGACGAUGAGUUUAGCGGAAAGUUCUGGCAUUAUGCCCUCCGACGGCUCGAAGAAGAGCCUGCACCUUCAGUAAACCCGAUAGCAUUUACAACUCUCUUCGAACGGCUGGCAGUCAAUCGUUACGCACCUCAACAUCACACCAUCGAGAUUGAUUCUACUGCACCUCAUGCUGAUCCUGCCUCUUCAGUGGAAGAAUCCCAGAAAUCUGACAAGGUACCUCCAAGCGUUGAUGGUGGUAAAUCGGCUCUUGUUCGCGAAACUGAAUCCAAAGCAGAAGAGAUUGAAUAUCCAGGAGCGAUCCGGGCUUGUCAGGUGUACUUUAACAAAAUUUAUUCUGGAAAGAUCCCCGAUCCACAACCGGAGGAGAGGUCUUGGUUUUCUCAAAAAUGGAAUCUGGUCAAAACUGCGAUCCCAUACUUUAUCUUUUCACGCACUAUCGUGAAUUUUGGGCUUCGGUUAAAUGCAGAGGAUCGUGCUAAAUAUGUCAGCUUCUGUCGCAAUCUUCCGGAUUGGAUCGCACAAUACACCAGUUUAGAGAGUAGAGUGAAUCGUAUGGCGAUGAGGGUACAUCAUACAUCCUAUCUGCUUUCAGCAAUCGUUAUGAAUGAUUUCGAAGUUGAUAAUGUCUUCAAGGAAGUUGAAAGCAAUAUUGGAAAGAUGACAGAGUUGGGAAGUGAAGAACAAAGGAAAGAAUGGGCUCAAGAAUGGCUCAAGAUUGUUCAAAACCACUUUCAAAGCAGAUUUGCAUCUCAACCGGUCACUAAUGUUCUCAGUGAUGAAUCAUCCCUAAUGGCAUUUGAAAAGUUUCGAUUGACUGUAGAACAAGAUCAACUUCGUCAACUUCGUCGUCAUAUCUUUAGUGUUGUCAUUGGUGAAAAUCCUACUGGUCCGAUCUCCGAAUCCAUGGCACGACUCGAAUCUUUUGGUAUUGAUUUCUUACCGAACUUCAAAAAAGCUUACAAACAUCAACAAUCACUUCCAGUCACCUUUCCCAAUCGUGAACGAUUUCUCGGGGCUAUUUCUGGGAAGUUUGAUUGGAGACUUGAUUCCUUACUGAGAAAUCCAAGUAGUGCUUCUCGUGCUUUCCGGAGUGAUGAAAUUCAACCUGCGAUUCAUCCAAGCGAUUUAGCAUAA